AUGGCUACAGUGGCUACCGACAGUACUAGUGAUCAACUAUCCAUGACAAUAGAUGCAGGUGCAGCAUUAUUUGUGGACAAAGUGUUAACCAUGGUUUGUCAGGAGAUGGCUUCUUUCCUGCGGGCCAAGGGAUCUCAUGAUAUACAAGCUGUUCUGUCAUUACCGGAAGAUUUCAAUCAGGACAAUGCAGACUUAGACAACUGUCCAUACAUCUUAUUGAGCAUGAAAGUUCCAUGGAUCAAAACAACAAACCAAGUGUAUCUUGUAAAUUAUAACUCAGGAAAUGAAUAUAAAAUGGAGAAGAAACUACAAUACUGUAACUCUUACCUACCACCAGAAUCAUAUCCACAAAAAUCUUACCCAUAUAGACCAUUGGCAGUCUGUCCUUCAGUAUCUUAUUUUUGUCCAAUCUGCCAACUUCACAUAGACUAUAAAGUGGAAGGAAUAAUUUGUACCUUCGAUUUCAUUCUCAAGAUUGACAUCAAGACACUUCCUGGUUCAGGAUAUAAAUUUUCCUGUGGAAAGUUUGUAAUCGUCAAAUUCUACAAAGGUAAUAAGUAUGAAUUUGCACCUGAGAUAAGUUACAGUGUGAAAAAGGACUGCUAUUGUAACCAACUGAAUAUUGGCCUCUAUCUCUUACUGUGCAAGAAAAGUCCUUGGAGCAAGGUUGGCCACAAUUAUGGUGCUAUGCAAAUGACAGAUCUAGUCUAUCUUGUAAAUUAUAACUCAAGAAAUCAAGAAAAAAUUGUCAAGCAACUAAAUUAUAGUGAACUUCAUCCACCAAAUGGGCCACCUACAGAUUGUCCUUCAAUUCCUUAUUCCUGUCUCAACUGCCAUCAUAACAUAGACUUUAAAUUGAAGGAAAUUAUUUGUACAUUUGAUUUUAUUUUCAAAAUAAAGUAUUUUUUCAAACCAUGA